AUGCGGAGGACAAAUCAGGUACCACGAUUCAUACAUAAUUUUCAUACGAUCCUGUACGAUAAAGCCGACAAUUUCUCAUCACAUAAAACUGAAAAUAUUAUGUUCUCACCAAGAAAAUUAGGUGCACGAGGUGAAACAUUGAAACAAAUAUCAACAAUAUUAAACAAUAAAAACGAUGUUAAUCAUCGUGACAUUAGUGAUUACACUGAAAUUAUUAAUCAUCUUUUUCUGGAUGAACAAACUCGUCAAUAUGAAAUAAAUGGGACGUUUAUUGAUGAAUUAAAAGACCAAUACAACUGUGAUAUUGAACUGAUAGAUUUCCAACAGCAAGCUGUUGUAUUGGAAAAAGUCAAUUUAUUAAUACAAGGUCAAACUGGAAAUGGUUUUCCGAAAAAAUAUCUACCGUUGAACACAACAAUGCUGUUUAUCAAUUAUGUUUACUUCAAAGCUAUGUGGCUAUUUCAAUUUGAAAAACACGAUACGUCGAAUAAUCAUGAAUUUUAUACAGACCAAGAUGAUAUCAUAUCCAAUUAUACAUUGAUGUUUGUACGACGUCCGUUCAGAUAUUCUGAUUUAACCAGUGAAUUAGGUGCACAAAUUGUUCAUUUACCCCUUAUUAAUGAUUACGAAUCUUCCAUCAAAUUUGUCUUCACAAUCGUAUUACCAAAUCGAAAUGUGAAAUUAAUCGAUGUUCUAACAAAAAUCAUGAAUAGACGACAACAACGUUUAUUAUCAUUUAAUUCUGCUCCUCAUCAUUACAAACAAAUUGAUUUAUAUUUACCCAAACUCAGUAUAAAGUCAUUUUUCGAUUUGAAAUCAUAUUUAAUUGAGUUAGGUAUGAAAGAUGCAUUUGAUUCAAAUCAAGCUGAUUUCAGUGUAAUAACACUACGAAGUGGACGUCAGUUGUUUUUAGAAAAUGUCGUUCAUACAACAAUGUUGAACGUAAAUGAAGUAGGAAUAGAAGAAGCAAGUUUAGCAUUCAAUACUGGUCCACUACCAAUGUGUGAUAUGAAUCCGGAUGUUGAAUUUAAAUGCGAUCGGCCAUUCUUCUUUAUGAUAAAUGAAAUAAAAACGGAUGCAAUUCUGUUUAUGGGAAAAUACUCACUGCCAUGA